UCCAAAAAAGUCUUUCACUCCCUCCAUUGCCAACUCCAUUUUCCUUUAUAUAUAAACCCCACUUCUAAAACUUUCUUCAUUACUUCCAACUUAAUUGCUUAAACAACAAAAUAAUACAUCCUUGGCCUUGAAGUUUAUACACCAAUCACUUUCAAAACCUUCUUCUAAAAAAAAUCAAAUUUUUCAUGGCUUCUUCUUCUUUGACAAUUUCUCCAAAGAAGCUACGCUAUGAUUUGUAUUCUUAUUCAUACAAAGAAGAUUCAAACAUCCCAUUAGUGAUAAAUGUACUUGCUUCAUUAAUUGAGAGGAACAUGGCAAGAACACAAAGAAUUGUGAAGAAUUGUUCUAGAGCUUUGUCCAAAGCAAUUAGCACAAACAACAUCUUUGAUUGUAGAGAGAUUCCUGACAUGACAAUUCAAUCUUAUCUAGAGAGAAUUUUUAGGUACACUCGUGCAGGACCUUCGGUAUAUGUUGUGGCUUAUGUUUAUAUUGAUCGGUUUUGUCAAAACAAUCCUGGAUUUAGGAUCAAUUCCAGAAAUGUUCAUAGACUUCUCAUAACAACUAUUAUGGUUGCAUCUAAGUAUGUAGAAGAUAUGAAUUUCAGAAAUUCAUACUUUGCAAAAGUUGGUGGUUUAACAACAAAUGAAUUGAAUGAGUUGGAAUUAGAAUUUCUUUUCAUGAUGAGUUUCAAAUUACAUGUUAAUUUGAGUGUAUUUGAGAGCUAUUGCUGCCAUUUGGAGAGGGAAGUAAGCAUUGGAGGAGGGUACCACAUUGAAAAGACCUUAAGGUGUGCUGAAGAAAUCAAAGGAAGGCAAAGAGAGGAAAGGGGUUACACACAAAUCACACAUGUAAUGUUAUAGAAUUGUUAGGGUAUUUUGUCUUGGAUUCAAGUGUCUCUUUUUAGUUAAUAAUUAACUAUAACCCGCUAAAUAUUAAAUAUAAAUGAGAAGUGAUUCAUAUA